AUGUCCAAACCGUCAGGCUCUUCAGAACCCGCCGGAGCAGUGGACGUUACUACCCUCUCUGUUCCCCAACUUCGCGCUCUCCAAACCCGCCUCAGCACCGAACUCGAACAUCUCACCACCUCACACGCCAAGCUACGCACAGCGCAAUCCAAAUUUCGGGAAUGCAUUCGCUCAAUAAACGAUGGCGUGGUCAAAAGUGCAACCGAAAAGGCCAAGGGGAAGAGCGAGAUACUAGUCCCGCUGACCAAUUCGUUAUACGUCAAGGGCCAGCUUGCGGAUAGGGAGAAAGUUAUCGUCGAUGUUGGAACGGGGUUUUACGUUGAGAAAUCGACCUCCAAAGCUAUUGAAUUCUACAACGGAAAGGUAGAGGAGUUGCAGACAAACUUACGUGAUCUGGAGAAAGUACUGCAAGCAAAAACUACCAAUCAUAGAGUCAUUGAAGAUGUCUUGCGGCAGAAGCUUCUUGCUGGCGAAGGGGCUGCUGUGCCGAGUUCUUCGGGAGGUGGAGGGGGUGCAUAA